AACAGGAGAUUAACCCUGAUUGAUAGUACACGUGUUUUGAUGACGUUGUCACAAAAAAAAGUAAAUAAGAAAAGUUGAAAAUAGAUUCUUUGUAAAUAUAUUCGUUAUUUUUAUGUUGGCAGAAGAUUGAAAGAUCAAAAAUGAGGAGAGCACAUAUGGGAAAUGGUUUUCAAGGACAAGAAGGAGAAUAUGUGGAAGAAGACAAUCAGAGAAUGGAGGAAGAUUUGAAAUAUAAAGUUCAAGCUUUAAAAUCAUUAACAAUAGAUAUUGGAAACGAAGUUAGAGAUCAGAACAAGUAUUUAAAUGAAAUGCAUGAUGAUUUUGAUAAAGGAGGGAGUUUAUUGGAUAAAACAGUGAACCGUUUAAAGAGGAUAACAGCAUCUGGUGGACAUAAACAUAUAUGUUACUUAUUAGGUUUUGCUCUGUUUGUAUUCCUUUUGAUAUGGAUGAUUGUCAAAUUUAGAUGAUGACUUUAAAGAAUGAUAGUUGAUAGCUGCAAUAGGAAUAAAGCUUUAUAUAAAGGUUGAAGAUGAUCUACGAAGAGUGUAACUCUAAAAAUAGUAUUGUUGAAACAAAAAGUGAGAAGAUUACUAGUGCUGUGAAAGGGCUAUUCUUGGAUAAUAAUCUUGAAAAGGUUAAAGGUUCAUUUCAACUAUAUAUUAUCAAUAUUUUAUAGCUUCAUGUAAAGAAAAUGUAUAUACUGUAAACUUGGAACACUUUAUGUGUUAUGCUUUUGACAAUUUCAAUCUACAACCUUAUUUUGUCUUUGAGUUUAGUUUGUGUAUUAAAACAUAAGUGCUCUCUUCACUGUAAAUCACAUCAGUAUUGUUGAUAUAUACAAUCUAGUCAUGUGUGGGCCACUUCAGGAUAUUUAGGACCUUGUUAAAUUAAAAAUAUAAAAUUUAAGCACAUAAUUUUCUAAGUUUACAGUAUUGGUCCCAAAAAACGAAAACCUUUUAAAUUUAUAACAUGUAUUGAAAUUGUAUUUUAACUUUAUAAUGGACCUCAAAUUGACAUAUUUUGUCAGGAAGAAUACUAAAUUAAGAAUUUGUUCAGAAAGAAAAAUUAUCUGUUGGUAAUUAUACAUGUAUAAACAAACUCAAAACAUAAUCUUUAUUUGCAUGUCCAAAUUCAGAGCCUGCAAUUCAGUGGUUAUCCUUGGUUCACAUCUGUCAUGUUUUGAUUUUUUUUUGAAAAUUUUAUUGUUAUAGAUACAUGUAGUUUUCUCGUAUUAAUUGUUUUAUUUAUAACCUGCCUUUUAUAAACUUUUAAGCAAUUUAUACAGUCUGGGCUAUUGUCAUUGUUGAAAGCCCUAUAAUUGUGACCUAUAAUUUCUUAUAUCUAGGCCAUUUGGUUUCUGAUGGAUGAUUGUUGUCUCAUUGGGAAUCAUACCACAUCUCUAUAUUUUUAUUUCCAAUUACAUGUAGUCAAGAGAAACAAUUUUACAAAUCACCAUGGGAACAAGGAUUGUUGUGUGUCUCUGUAUGGAAUAUUAUUUUGUUUCUAUUAGAUUUGAUAUAUUCUAUUUCCAGCAAAGCUGGACAUGUGAUUUUGUAUUUCUUUUUUUUUCCUUCUUUUUUUCUGUUUAUCCUUUCAUCUACUUCCCAAUCCCAGAGUUAACUGCAGGUUAUAUUUGUAAUUUAUCAUAAUGGGUUGAAUCUGAUGAUAUGCAUCAUACAAUGUUUCAAACGCUUAGAAAAAAAAAUGUUCUUGAUGUGAUAAACAUCACUGGUUAAGAUCUAAAGGAGAGAAAAAAAUCAUAUUUAAACAUAUUUCAAUGAAAAAAUUCUAUUUGAUCAUCAAUUGCACCAAUGAACCUUUUGAUGAUUUGAAUUAAUAAAUGCAUACACUAAUAUAUUUUUGUCUUAAGUUGAUUGUUCAAACUAUUUUGUAUUUGUUGUCAUAUUUUGUUAUUAAUUUAAUGUGUGAAUGUUGCAUCGUUUCAUUGUAUUGUUAGCAUUUUAUUGUUGUUUUUAUUUAUGAAUGAAGUGUUGAUGUGAUAGUGAACAUAUAUAAAGAAUAUACACAUUCUGAGAGUUGGCAAUUAAUUGUUUAUAAACUCUGAUGAUAAUUUGUCAUGUUACAUUGUACAUCUUUCAAUUUUUUUUAUUUUUUUUUAUUUCUAGUAAAUAUGAAACAAUACCUUGUUAUUGUUAAGGAUAAUUGAUUUACUCUACUUUACAUACAAGGUCCUAAUAGUACUGUGGACUCAAUGUUAUAUUAUAUAUUGGGUACCAAUUUCCCUGGAUUUUGUGGGUGAAAAAAAACUUGAAAUCAAAUGUUCAACGAAUCACAACUUUUUCAGAGGCUUUAGAUUCAGAGAUAUUUGAAAAAUGAAAUCAAAUAUCCAUGAAAAAUUAAAGUUUUCCUCAAUCCAAGAAACUUGAAAUUUGAAGAAUCCAAGGUAUCCAUGGUUUGAUAUAUGAAUAAUUCAAGUUUUAUUGCACAUUUAUCUGUCUGGAGAAGCAAUUUCAGAUUUGUCAUUGAUGACACUUAGGUGCAUAUACUCAAGAUAAUAUCUAGUGACCAUCUUUAACAAUUAGAAACUAUCAUUAAAUGCUUAAAAAGCAUUUAAAAAUGUAUUCUCACUAUAAAUGCCAUCCUUUCUAGCAUAAUGCCCUCUCAUUUCAAAUCCUGGAUCUAGGGAAUUUUUGGUAAUUUCAUAAGAGGGGAGCUGACUGACAUAAGGGGGAGGGAUUAACUAUUUUCCCUCAAAAGGUUUGGGGGCAGGGCCCCUGAAUCUGCCUAUGUAAGCAUACUUAGAAUGUACAGUAAACUAUAUAUGAAGCCUUUGUCUCAACAUUACAUUUGAUUGUUCGAAUAACAUGAUUACAAACAUUAUGAAACUGUUGGGUUAUAUGUGUGUGUGAAUGUUGAUGUUAUAAAUAUAAUGAUUGUGUCCAUUUUUGAAUGAUGUUGACGGUGCCAAAUGAAAUGUUUUAUGUAUGAUCAUUGAAGAUUUUGAUUAAAGAUAUCAAACUCUCA